AUGCCAGAUAUUAGCGCGCCUCCUCCGCCGGGUCGGCCGAAGCUGAAGCUCAAGGCUUCAUUCAGCGAACCACCCAACGGCGCGCCCGCGACACCAUCAGCCUCCACUCCGAAAAUCAAGCUCAAGGCUUCACAACCACCGACACCCGCCAACCCAGAAGCACCCAGGCCGGUGAAGACGAAGGCCGGAAGGCAACCGAAACCCACAAGCAAGCUCAUCGAAUCGAAGAAGCGCGAGCAAGACGAGACCGAGGACGAGGGCGCAAGCAGAUUGGCCAAGAAAAUCAAGCUCCUCAAGACACCGACUGCGACAACGCCGGGAAACCGCCACAUUGUUGUCAAAGCCAAAGGCAAACCACCAUUCCAUCCUCCCGGCGAUGGCUACGACUCGGAGGCAAGUGACCAAGAGAAGGAUCCCGUCAUCGAAGAGCAGUUCGUGCUGCGUAUGAUGCCCGGCGAGGACUGCGAGUACGUCAGGAAAUGCAUAGAAGAGGGCAAGGUCGGUCUGCCGCGGAAGGAUGGUGGCGCAGAUAUUGCUAUCAAGUUUUUUGACGACGAAAGCCGGCGCGCCUUGGUUAUCGUCCGCGGCCACCACUACGUCGCCGUCAUGGUGGAGUUGCCGACAAUCACAGAGGGAAUGAAGUCCUGGGACAGGAAAACGUUCAUGAAGUCAGCCGAUAUCUGUCACAUGCUUCUUGUCUUCCAACGAGUAACGGGUGAGGAAGAGGCGAAGAAGGUGCCACUUCCCUCGAUGAUACAGCCCGGAUUCAAGUGGCCUCACGGCCUGACACCACCCAUGCACGACGCUGUCAACCAGAGAUUCGCCAAGGUCAUCAGUCGUUCCGAGAUCGAGCUCAAGGAGAACGAGGUUAAGAAACUCCUGGCUGCCGACGCGGCAGCCAUUUCUUCAAAGUACGAACUCAUCGACGAAAACAAACCGUCAUUCGAGGAAUUCUCCGAAGACGAACAAGAUGCCGAGGGCGAAGCAGACGACAGCGGCUAUUUCCCGUCUGAGGGCUACGCUAACGGCGAGCUAUUCGACGAUCUAGAGGCUGAACUCGAGGCCGCGUUUGAGGAGGAGAUGAACCAGCCGACAACUGAGGUCGGAACGCCAGCGACACAAUUCGAGGCCGCCACACCGAUGACGAUGAACACACCGGCACCCAAUGCGCAGGAUAGUGGUGACGGCGAGGAGUCGGCUGUCAGUGAGGAAGAUGAAGACGACGAUGAGGACGACGACGACGACGAUGACGAUAGAGCUCGUCUGGAUGAAGUCAAGGCCGUGAGGGAGGACAUUACACAACUAAAGAACGAAAUCAGCAAGAAGGAAGCUGAGAUGGCUUCGAUAUCGAACAAGAUUCUCAGGGGACGCGUCGAAACCCGUCUCAAGGAUCUCAGGGCGGAGCUUCACCUGAAGAUGACAUCUAUUGGGGAGGAGGAAGAGGAUGAAGACCAAGAGUAA